UUGUAAAUGUAGAAACUUUAAAUAAAAAAAAAGAAGCUCAGAUGAAACCCAUUCUAUGAAAAUUGGGAAGUGAAAAAUCAAUGGGUGGAAGCAUUGUGUUGGUUCUACUGCUGUCCUUGUUUUUACUAUUAUUUUCAGUCUUUAAUGUGUCUGAUUUUCAUGACUCAUUAUCUGAAUUUGGAAGCAGCUUCAGUUCCAAUCCUCAAUUCUUCAGUUUGAAUCCCACAUUGCACAACCAUCACUUGCUGAAUUCUUUUCAAGACCUUUUCACCAGGAAAUUGGUUGCAUAUGCAGGGACAAACAACGGAAAUUCAGCUCCCAAGAGUUCAAAUAUGAGAAAUGAUAGUUACAUUGAAGGGCCAUUGGUAGAGGAGCUCACAUUUCCUGCAAAUUCUGCUCCAUUCAAUAGCUGUCAUGCUUCUACCAUUGUUGAGGUUGAGAAAGAUCACUUUUUGGUUGCCUAUUUUGGGGGUUCACUAGAGGGGGCUCCUGAUGUGAAAAUUUGGUUGCAACGCUACAAGAAUGGCAGUUGGCAGUCACCUAUUGUCGUUGAUGAACAAGAAGAUGUUCCGCUGUGGAACCCUGUGCUAUUCAAACUUCCAUCAGAUGAGCUGCUGCUCUUCUAUAAAAUAGGCCCAGAGGUUCAAAAAUGGAGUGGAUGCAUGAAGCGGUCAUAUGACAAAGGUAUUACUUGGACAGACAGAGAACAACUUCCUCCUGGUAUAUUAGGUCCUAUAAAGAAUAAGCCUAUCUUGCUGGAAAAUGGGCUCUUGCUCUGUGGAUCCUCAGUUGAAAGUUGGAAUUCUUGGGGGUCAUGGGUGGAGGUUACAGCAGAUUCUGGUAUGUCAUGGAGAAAAUAUGGCCCAAUUUACGUACCAAAUGAAAAUAUCAGUGUGAUUCAACCAGUUCCUUAUCAGACUGCAAAAGGGACCUUGCGUGUUUUACUACGAUCCUUUGAGGAUAUUGGUAGAGUUUGUAUGUCAGAAUCCCAUGAUGGUGGCCAGAGCUGGGGUUACGCAAAACCUACUGAACUCCCCAAUCCAAACUCAGGUAUUGAUGGGGUUAAACUGAGAGAUGGUCGUUUCUUACUUGCUUAUAAUACAAUCUCAAGGGGUGUGCUUAAAGUCGCACUCUCUAUGGAUGAUGGUGACUCAUGGCUUGAUGUUUUGACGUUGGAGGAUAAUUUGGAAAUGGAGUUUUCAUAUCCAGCUGUUAUCCAGGCUAGUGAUGGGUUGGUGCACAUCACUUACACAUAUAAUAGAACACAGAUUAAGCAUGUAGUCCUAAAAUCAGGCUGAAGCAACGUCAUAUUAGCACAAGUUAGCUAAUUGUAGGCAGCUCUUUUUGCUUAGGAGAUCAGUAUUUUUGAUGCAAUUUUCGAAGGAGAUGUGAAGUUAAUUGUCAAGGCUGAAUAAGAGAGAUGUGAAGCAUCCAGUUUAUGGUCAUAUCUUAGAGGAUACUAUUCCUCUAGCCUUAGGAUUUUUUUUUUCCCCCUUCAUGUUAAAAGAUUAGGCAACUCAGUUGCUCAUUAUCUGGCUAGACAAGCAAAAUUUGGUGAGGAGCUUCAAGUUUUGGAUGGAAUCCAUUACUAAUCUAUAGCUUCUCUUGUGUCCUGUGAUAUGUUGUAAUCCUCUUUUCCCUUCAAUAAAUGACCUUUUGGGUCGGAUUUCUAAAAAAAAAAAAAAAAAUGCUUCUGGGUUUGUUGAGAAAUAAUUUGAAUUGUGAUAAUUAAAUGAGCAUUCAGGCAUAGUUGCUACUUCCAACAGAAACAAACAAGGAUGCUGCUUUAUUUGUGAUUUAAUGUUGAGCAGCAGUUUCAUUUAUAAUUGUGUUGUGCAUUUUUCUUGGAUGAACUGUUGUAAGUAAUUAAACAAGGAUGUUAUUGCUCUGCAGGAGGGAUUAGGAUCUCCUGGAGUUAUCCUAAGAACUCUAAAGGAUCCUAAUCCCCUGCAGUAGAGACGUUUGUUGAUGGGUUACUAAUUUUCUGACAAUCAUGGGAUAACGUAAGCAUUUAAUUAAAAUUGUAGUUUACAUUUUUAUAGACAUGCCAUGGUGAAACAUCAUAAAAUCAAGACAGUCCCAGGUGAGAAAAUAAAGCAAUUGUAUGUUUUCAUGACAAUAAAUUUGUUGCUAUCAUCAACUUAACCAUUUCAUCAAAUCAUCUGUUAAUGUCAUGGUCAACCAUAUUGUCAAAUCGUUUAACAAAAAAAAAAAAAAACCAUAUUGUCAAAUCUUUCUCCUGUGACACGUCAAAUCUACCUUGCAAUCAACAUGAAAGAAACUGAUAAUUCAGAAUUGGUUUUCAUCUGUUUUUGUAGAUCAAAGCACUGAACUACAUAUUGUCAUGUGAAACAAGAUUUGUGCACAAGUGAUUCCAACGCCCAGCCUAUCUAAUCAGGCGACAA